AUGGCAAGUCAACUGAUCCGUGAUGGGAAGAAGGGCUCAGUAGCGCUCUCUUUGGACAUCAUCCUGCUUAUCAUCGACCAUCUCAUCGUCGACGCCAAGGAAGACGACAAAGGCAUCGUCUGGUGGCUUGGAUACGUGUACGAGACACCCUCAAAGUUUGCCUUCCUCGAGCAUUUCGUCGAGUGCGACCGCGAAAAGGCUAGUUUCAGGGACCGCUUCCGCAGAAUUCAGCUUCUCUCCCAGAUCAAUCGCAUGUCUCGAGCGCUGGUCCAUCGAAAGUUCCUUAAUCAUCCGAUGGGAAAAAUCUAUCGGGCUUAUGUCUCCGAGCAACUCCAAACCGACGCUUGGAUUCUCCCUGCCGUCGAUCGCUUCAUCCCGCUCGCGACCGAGAAGCAGGAGGAGAUAUGCAACUGGCUGCCGUCUCACCCAGAUACUCCGUUCUUCUACCUACGCCCCGAGCGCAGCCUCUCAUCGAUUAUAUACGUCGGAUCCAUCUUCCCCUGCACAAAGAAUUCAGUGCAACGCUUAUUGUCAUCACGGCACUGUCGAAUCUCACUGCACUUGCUAUUGAUGUCGGCCAAUGGCAUGAUAUCCACACGAUGA